AUGAAGGUCGCGAUUCUUGGAGCCACUGGCCAAAACGGUAGCUCUAUUGUCAAUGGCCUGCUGUCAUCAACAGAAACCAGAUUUGAUAUCACGGCCCUUGUCCGACCUUCUUCACUAAAGAAGCCCAAUGUGCUCGACCUACAGAAGAGGGGUAUUGACAUAGUGUCAUUCAGUCUUGCCGACUCUGAGGAUGAUGUCACAGCCCAGCUCAAAGGCAUCGACGUCCUUAUUGUCUGCUGCUUACUGGACGAAGUUGCUCUUGCCAAUGCAGCCAAGAAGGCAGGGGUAAAGCGUUAUGUUCCAUGCUUUUAUGCUUCAGUGAUGCCCAGAGGCGUCCAGACGUUGCGCGACAACAAGGAGUCCAUACUAGACCAUAUUCAAAGGCUGCACCUUCCUUAUACCGUCAUCGACGUCGGUUGGUGGUACCAGAUCAGCCUUCCCCGCCUGCCCUCCGGCCGCAUUGAUCGCAACCUUUUUCUCUAUAAUAGCGCUAUUGGAGGCAGUGGUGACGUACCUUGUGCCAGGACCGAUUCCCGCGAUGUUGGCGUAUAUGUUGCUCGUAUCAUCGCCGACACUAGGACCCUUAACCAGAAGGUCUUCGCCUAUACCGACCUUCGCACUCAGCACGAGCUGUAUGAUACAGUUGAGAAGAUCAGCGGCGAGGAAAUAGAAAGAAAAUAUCGCACCGCCGAUGAGAUUGACGACGGUAUUGCUAGAACCAAGGACGACCCCUACAAGAUGAUGGAUUAUUACCAGUUCACGUACCAAAAGUCAUAUGACAUUAUGGGAGAAAAUACACCCGAAUACGCCCGCUACCUAGGCUACCAGGUUGGCAAGGACCUCUAUCCUGACCUGGAAGGAAUCUCUUUUGAAGAUUUCUUUAAAGAGACGUUGGAAACUGGUCUGAAACCUAUGUACGAAGAACAUGCAGAUUUUCUUCGGGAAUCAAGCUCUUUCAUUUUCAAGGGUGAAGCUAUAACGAAAUGA